AUGGUUACCAAUGGACCAAUUGGACCAUGGCCAGGGGAUCUCCAGAGAUCCAGGGUAUCUGUGGCUCAGGUGCUUCAUGAUCAAGAGAGCCUACUUGACUUUGACGCCCGAGUCACUGAGCAUUACCGAGAAGCGAUCUCCUACGCCUUGUACAAGCGCUUCCCUACCGCGCGCUCAUUGCUGGUGGUCGAAGAAGACAUGGAAGCUGCCAACGACCUGUUGUGGUACUUUGCCCAGCUGGAACCGCUGCUACAGGAGGACCCCACGCUGUGGUGCAUCAGUGCCUGGAACGAGAACUGUCCUGCUCCCUUCGCGGCGGACCUGACAGGUCUCAGUCGCAGCGAUGUGUUCAGCGGCUCAUUGGCCUGGAUGUUGCCGGCAGAGCUCUACCGCAAGGAGUUGCUGUUGCGAUGGCCGAGCAGAGAUUGG